AAUCAUAUUAAAUGUCAAGUGUCAAGCACACGUGCGAUCUAAUGUUUGUUCAUUGUUGCAGUUUUUGAAUAAUGCUUGUCUAGAGGAAUUUAAAUAAAAAUGGGUAAAAGAAAGUAUGAUAGCGAGUCGAAAGACAGUACAAAAAGAAACAAAAGGGAAAGCAUUACAGAACAUUCUGAAAAUCACGAAGCGGCUUCAGGACAACCCCAAAAUGAUGAAGCAGCUGAAAUUAAAGCACCAAAACCGAUUAAAGCCCCCCUAUUUGAUAUAAAACAUUUUCGAAAGGAACUAGCGGGGAAACAGGGUCAAACGAUGGCAUUGACUCAGUUUUUGCAAGUGUGCCUGAAUCCAGAUAGCGACGUGGACUACAUGUUAGAGUAUUUGAAGGUUGGAGGAAACUCUCAUGAGAUCUUGCGACAAAUCUCUCCGGACAAUAAGAAGAACCUUUCAUUAGCCACACCUGCUUUUCACUUAUUCCACUUGAUUAUACUAAAAGUUCAAUCCUCACUACCCCACAUGAUAGUCAUAACAGAAGAAGCUUGUCGAUACUUCCUUAACACUUUCAUACCGACAGUUGAAAUUAUGAUAAGUGAAAAUUCUGGACCGAGGCAUAGAAAGAUUAUUUUAAACCUCCUCACAUCGAUGGUGACAUUAAGCCCAGAUUUAGGAGUAGAAGUUCUCAAUCAAGUACCAUUAACACCUAAAAGUUUACAACAUGUUGUUGAAAAGCCAAAUUAUAAAGAAAAAGACAAUGUUAGGACUUCAUUUGUCCAUUUCAUGACAUCUUUUCUUGUAGAUGGACAUUUGCCGUUGAUUAAAGCUUUACUUGAAAAGCAAGGUUUACUAUCAUUAGUCAUCCCUGGUUUAGUGCACGAUGAGGCGUUUGCAGUAUUGAUGUUUCUAAACACAUUAAAAAAGAAUGUUAUUGAUAACACUCUAAUAUCAAAAACAUUGAAGUUAAAGACUUUCAGCCACCAAGUGCUGCAUAAUAUGUUCAAAUUAUUUACAUGGAAGGGACCACCUGAAUCAAACAAUGAACAGACACCCGAAGCUCGUGAAGAAAUAAUGACAUUAUUGUCAGAUAUCAUCCUUACUUUGUUUACCUCUCACAAGCUUGGACUGUAUUUUCUGGAUCAUUCCUUAGGCACUACUGAUGCUAAUAAAAACCCAAAUCUAUACAAAGCUUUGCAAACAUUAAAAAGACCAUGGGAGAAUAAACAUCAAGGGGAAAUUAUCCUUGAAAUUGUCUAUAGAUGCCCUGAUCUCCAUAGAGCGAUAAUAAAUGUUAUCGAGCAAAGUUUUCAACCUCAACAUUCACCUACAUGGGAAAAGACUAUAGAAUUCGUCAUAAGUUUAUUAGACAAGUUAAAACCUGAAAAUAUGGUGACCAAAUUGACAAAUCUCAAUCCUGCGCAAACUGCAAACUUCAUAAGAUUUAUAACCAUGCCUGUGCCACUGUUAAAACUUAUCAAUACAGGAAUAGGAAUAGAUCAAACAAUCUCACUGUAUUGCAUAAAAGUUCUAGUGAAAAUGUUACAAAGUCUAAAAAGGUACAUGCAACUGCUAGAACAGGAAGACUCGCCUGCUAAUAUUUUGGAAUUAAAAAAUAAAUUAGAAAAUUUUCUCCCUAAACAUAUGCCUGCUCAGGAUACUAUAAUCUCAUUGAUGAAGGACAUUAUUAAAAAACAGGAAGAUGUUGAAACAACAAAUGAUUAUAGACUACCGAAAAUAACAAAUGCUAAUUCUUUAUUGUCACUUUUAGAAGUUUUACUCCUAAACUAUUAUAUAAAUCCAGCAUCCUUUGAAGCUCUGGAAGAGUCACCUGAAAUUAAAUUGAUUGUUGAUUCCUGUAUGUCUGCUGGUAGUACAAUUUUAAAAUACAAGGCGAUCUGUCUAUGUCAAAUACUAUGCAAUUCUGCUCUAUCUGCCGAUAAUGCAAUGUUUAAGUACUUAUUUCUUAUGAUUCUCGAAGUCUAUACCAGUGAGGAAGACGACACAUGGAUAGAAGCUAAAGACACAAUGCAGCUGUUCCUCAAAAACACAGAUCUCUAUGAAAGCGAUGAAGAUGAAGUAUAUUUAAUGUUGUAUGCCUUGAGGAACACUAAAAUAAACCCUAUAUCUUUAAUAGCAGAAGUGGUGGAUCAUGUUUCUGAAAACAAGCUGGAUUUCGGAUUACAGGUUUCAGAAGAAGGCACUUCAUCAAAUUUAGACUUGUUGUUUGAUUACUUAAUGCAUAACAAAAAUAAUGUAGGCAGUGUAUUUUUAGCUACAAAAGUGCCUUCGCAAUUUAUCAUGAGAUGCAUACAUUUUAUAGAUUCUAACAAGGAUGCAAAGAAGACUUUAAAAGGGUUUUUAAAUCUGUAUGUAGCCAACUUGCUGCACCACAACUACUCACCGGAUCUCACUGAAGUCAUGAUCGGUGACUGUAAAUUAGAUGUGAGAAGUUACAUCGCUGAUUGGACAACAAAACCCACUGCUAUACCCGAAGAUAUCGGUAUAGAUGAGACUUUAAAAAAUAUUUCCAAGUCUAUCAUCAAAAAUGAAGAUAUACAGUUAACAACAAUUUUUCCUUUAAUAGAAUCAUCAGAAAAAACUGAUUUGAAGUUAUUGGAUGUUACUUAUACAAUAGAUAUGACAAAACCUAUAAAUAGCACAGAUUUAUUUAUUUGGGCAAAAUAUCUAAUGUUUUGUGUAGUGAGAUUAACACAAUUGGGUCUGUAUACGGUUGAUCAACAAAGGAAAACCCUCAUUUAUUUUGAAAUCAUUAUUGCUUUAGCAAAAGAAAAUCAUGCGUUAAAUAUCUGUAGAGAUAUUAUUUUGAAUUUGUUUAGAAAUUCUCACUUUCUGGGAGUAUAUCAACCAAUUGAUUUCGGUAAAAGUCCAUCAAACGUAUUAGCAACAGAGUUUAUGUUGCAAAUCAUAGAACAGAAUAAAGACAUUGUUAAUUAUCUGCACAAGAAGUAUUCAAUACUGAUUUCAUAUCAACAGAAGACUUCUAAAGAAAUUACUAAAGCAUUUAUUAAAGUCAAUAAAAAGAAGCAUGUAAGCAGUGAUCUUAUACUGAAAGUUCUAAAUACGAUAGGGUUAUCUAAUGAAGAAGAUCUUAUAGUACUUGAGACUUUAUUGGGUAUUGAUAUUGAAGUUUUAUGUUCUAAAGACAAAGAACCAGCUCUAAUUUUUGAUUUGUUAAGAGUGCUCUUAGAAAAUUAUGCUAAAUCUAUUACACUGGAAAUACCUAAUGGUACGAUGAAAAAAUGCAUGAAUUUGUAUUUUACUUUACUCACCUACCAAGAGGUAACUCCAAAUUUGACGAACAUAGAAGAAUCAUUGAUAAAGUAUUUUGAAAAUAAACCUCAUCAAGCAAUCCAAAUAAGCGAAGCACAUUUUAAGAAGUUCUUUUAUGCUAAUACUGUAAGAAAGACAACAUCGCAACUUGCUCUGGUCUUACUGAAGUAUAAUAACAAAUUUUGUAACAUAUUCAAAGAAGAAAUCAACAGACCUGAAGUGCUCAGUCAAAGGGAAAUAACAUUGCCCUUAGGUAAUGCUUUAAUCCACCACAACCAAUUCCUAAUAGAUAACAAAGAUAUUUUAAAAACAAUAUAUGAAGAAUACAAAUCUAAUAUUAAAAAGUUCUUAGAGAAGCCCCACAAGGCUGGUCAAGUAUACAUCAAUUCUUCUAAAUUCCUUACGAAACUAGUCAUAGAAUGUAUGGACAUUCAAGAUUGCGAAAAGAUAUUUUCGAAAAACAAUAAAUUUGAAACAGCCGAAUUAAGUCACAUAGAACUUUUGCAAGUUGUGUUUUUGAAGUUAUGUCUUUCUGAAGAGUAUCAGAAGAAAGAGUAUUUGAUAAACUACUUUUUAUCAACGCUGAAUAUAGCUGUGAUAGCUAUGAAGGAAAGUAAAACACACAUUUUGGAUGUAUUAUCCAAAAAUAUGAGUGUCGUACUCAAAAUAUCUAAAGCGAUAAACGCUUAUCAAGUGAAUGAAAAGCAGGAUUUCAAAAAGAUAACAGAGAGUGGCAUUUGGCAGAACUUUUGUAAAAGUGUCUUGAAAGAUUCUUUAAAAGUGCGAACUCUUCAUAAUGAGAACGUAACUGAGCCAAAACUUCUGUCUCUAUUAUCGUCUUUAGUAAAGAUGUUUUAUCCAUAUGAUCACGAAGAUAUCGUCAAUCUUUUCGACAUGGUAACCUCUCAUUCGGAGUUUUUAAAUGUAAUGCUCAGUCAUCACAGUCAGGACAUCAAAUUGCGUCUGUUAGAAUUUCUUUUUACCCUCAUUUCGACGAACAAAUCUGUGAUGAAAACGCAACAAAUACCAGUGUACUUGAGCGCUUAUCAUGCCACGAGAAGUCCUUGCGAUCGAUUAUUGCUAUCGAUACUCGAAUUUUACGAAGCCAAUGAUUUGCCAGUAAACGAAUACAAACCUUACAUAUGGGGCGACUCGGCGGCCAACCAUUACGCGGUUCGCAAAUCCAGAACAUCGACACUAUGGGGCCAUCCCACACCGAACCAAGUCAUGAAUCUAUUCGACAAAGAAACAAUUGAGAAAACUAUAAAAUACUUCCCGGUUAGUCAAAAAUUAGAUUACAAUUUUCAAGUAUCUAACGCUUGUUUUAAUGAAACUUCAGUGAAGAAUUUUUUGGAUAGAAUAGGGCAUGAUCGAAAAGCUAAAAGUUCCAAGGAUGUAGAAGAAGCGAUAAACAAUUUAGUUUCAAGGGAUGAAAUUGGUCAUGUUUUGGCUUUGAUGCGAGAAAAAGAUGUAGUAGCGGAGGCUCAUGUCGAAGAAGAUAACAAUAUUUAUGAUCCAGCGUUUCUUUUUCCGCUCUUGAGCCAUCUUCUCGCUCCAGGAUCCGUGGCUUCUUCAUUCAAGCUGUUGCGGUGUGGCCUGUUGUCUAUUCCGGUGAUGGGUCUCAGUUCGCAGUGCGGGAUGAUGCGCGCGGCGGCUUAUCAUGUACUGCACAGAUUUCACUUGCUGCUGGAAACUGAAACGAGACACAAGAACGACAAACUCUUGCUCACGGACUUCAUCACGACGCUGCGCCAGAGUUUAUCCUCCGCCACGGACAGCCCAGAAGAAGGAGAACUACACGAAUUCAAAAAUCCAAAACUACCCGCAAUCGGAGCCUUAUACUUAGCUAGAGCACUUAUGGUCUCGACCUCACCCACUGAACCUCUAUAUAAACCUGUCAAUAACUUCUUAAUAGCAAAACAGUUUGUCGAUUUGACAGUAGUACCAGAUUUCUUGAGCCUCUUCCACGAUAGUGAUGUCGAAUCACUCGAAAGGAGACUUUGGAUCCUGGACAUAAUAAAAGACGGGACUAAAACUAUGACAGAUGUCAACGUGGUCUUUAAAACUAUGUGCAUAAAAAUGAUAAUGGAUUUCUAUAACACUACCAUUGCUGACAAAAAAACUAAAUUAAAAAUUCUUGGAGCGUUAAAUUCAAUGGUCGCCAUACCUAGAGCUUUUGAAAUCUUGGUCGAAGGUUACGGUAUAAUGUCGUGGUUACACUUCGUUGUACGCAAUAUAGAGAAAGGUAACACGGCUAUUUUAAAAGGUACAUUCGUUUUCAUAGAAAACAUGAUAUAUAGUAUGGCUCUGCAUUUGUUCGCGCGGCACUGCGGUAAAUUUUAUCGUGAAAGUAGUUCAAAAGUUGAUAGUUUGACGGAUUUUAAAGUUAAAAGCGAUAUCGAAUAUGAGAUAUUAAGUAUAGUUUAUGAAUUGUUACCCCACAUUGAAUCAUUAAAUAUUGAAGAUGUAGUUUCGUAUGUGAAGUUAUAUAAUUUAAUAACGAAAAGAUGGAUUAAGUUCUUAAGUAAGAAACAAAUUUUGAAUGUUGUAACUAAAUGUAGCGAACGAUUAAAAAGUCAGGAAAGUGUUAAAUUUAUUCACCAAGCGGUACUGUUAAAUAAUUCUGUAAUGUUAAAUAGUCAAAUACUUUCUGUAAACAUUGCCACAGAUGAAGAUAGGUUAAUAAGUGAACUCAAAAAUUUAGUACGGACCUAUACUAGUUAACAUACUAUGUAGUCAAAAAAAAAAAAAAUGUUAAAUGUAAAAAUAAACUAUUUAGGUAUAUUUUACAUUAAUAUAAUAAAUGUUUCUUUUAUGUU